AAUCCCUCCCUGUCAAUUUGCUAGCAGGUGUGCCGUUUGUGAGCAGCACAGUCAGCCAUUUUUGUGUAGUCAGGCAACACAAUACCAUUAUAUAUGUAGUAAUAGUAGUAGUCGUCAUUACUACUUAUUUUUUUUAUUCAUCGUUAGUUUUUGUGACUUAUUUUUUUAUAUACUGCGAGUGGCGUUUAUGUGGGGUGGGGGCAGAGGCGUGAACAAGUUUGUUUAAGAGCCACAUACACAAACAGUAGCACACAAACAGUGGAGCUGUGCUAACAAGGUGCAGAAGUGAACGGUUUCUAUUAUGGACAGUAUGUUGGACAAUCUCGCCAAAACUGAGUUUAUCAGUGUUAGUGUUCAAAACCCAAAGCCCCAAAAACAGGACCUCUGGCAUGCUCACGUCGACUAUGAAAUCUGUGUACACACAAAUAGUAUGUGUUUCCGCAAGAAGGAGUCAUGUGUGAGGAGACGUUACAGCGAGUUUGUUUGGCUGCGGCAUCGUCUAGAACAAAACGCGCUCAUCAUAGAAGUACCUAAGUUGCCCCCCUGGAACCCAUUCUUCAGCCUGAGGAACACACAACAGGUCAGCCAGAGGAUGAAGGGCCUGCAGGAGUUUUUAGAAAUUGUUCUUCACACACCGUUGUUGUUGUCAGACAGUCGGCUCCAUCUUUUCCUCCAGUCCGACCUCAGCGUUACAAAGAUGGAAAAGUGUGCUCUUGGCAAGACCAGGUACACUGUGGCUGAGGCCAUCCAGCGUUCAGGCGUCGGCUGCAUCAUGAGAUUGGAGGACAAGGCCUCAUUUGACUCUGACUAUGAGAGCAGCUCCUCUUCAUCGUCCGUCUUGGGCUUAAGUGUGGACAGCACCUGUCGUGGAAGCCCCCUACCGUUCUAUGAGUCAUCCGGGUUGUUCAGUUGUCAUUCGGAGUUGCCCACAAAAUGGCUUAGCGAAGCCUGAGGAAGUGCAUUUAUGGACAAGAGAGACAAGUUCCCUUUUUUUUCGUCCAUUGUAUGCUCUUUUAAAAAAAUGGUGUAUGGUGUUUAUUUUCUUAAAGUAAAAACUCUGUUAUUUGAGCAUGUA